AACGCCGUCCUGGAUCCGGUCUUCCAUCUCUCCUACCCCGGUGACACGCUGGCGUUUGUCGUGCUCAGCGCACCUUCCAUGUUCGAGAACGCAUUCAGACCUUUCCUGAAGGAGAAGAAGCUUCAGAGCCUUCGGGAUCCGAUCGACCAGUGCGUCGCCCAUCACAUGGCGAUGGCCAAAGAGCUUUUCCCAUCUCACCAAGUGGACGUCAUCUAUGACUACGAGCUCCACCCCAACCGGCGACCCAAAGUUCUCAUGCAGACGGCAGCACAUGUAUCCGGAGCUGCGUACUACUACCAGAGGAAAGACGUUCCUGAAGAUCCCUGGGGGAAGAGGAAGAUGUUCGGCGUUUGCAUUCACCCGCAGUACGGUGGUUGGUUCGCCAUCCGCGCUGUGCUGGUGUUCACCCGACGUCCGGGCCCCGGGCUUGGAGGAGCUUGAGCCUAUAGACUGCGUUCCCAGCCGGGAGGACCGGAUCCGGCUCCUGGAGAACUUCAACUUUAAUUGGCGGGACGGGAAGUACCGGGACGUGCUGCCGGCGGAGGAGAAGUACUCCGAGGACCAGACGCUUUACUUCUCUACUCCACCGGCGGAGCGGAUGAAGCUGCUGGAAUUGUGGGGUCACCUGCCGCCCAGCCCACCCUGCUGA